AGUUUGUUUCAAUUCCUUGUCACGUGGACAUGAGUAUUCGAGUUGUAUUAGUGUGUUUAGCGUGUGUUUAGCGUGUGUAGCCUGGCUUUAAGACAGGAAGCUCGCAAGACCCAAUGGUAGCAAGUCUCUGUUUGUCUGUAGUCAUGGAUCUCCUGCUGUGUACAGCCAGGGAUCUGAGGAUCUGUUGUGAGAGAAGCGGUUGUUGACAAACAAACGUCAUCGCUCACUUGCUGCCAGCUGACGUCGGUCAGACGUGCAUCGUGACGUUGUUGUAGUCACGUGACCGUCAGAAGUAGAAAGUCGACAGGUGGCGCCUCGUCUGUGCGUGUUGAACGCCCCCUACCGUUACUUUGCUGACCGACAAGGGCAAGAACUCCCGUGGAGUCAAGACUGAGCCCUUCGUUGACGACUACCUGUGACCAGGUGAGGCGCACCCGGGGUGAGCGCGGCGGGGAAUCAACAAGCUUCCUGUGAGCUCGCGCCUCACCUCCCGGCAAACCCCUGGCACGCGGCGGCCGGCGCCUCCUGGCGGCAAGUGCGCGUCACGCGAUGCCAGCGCCUCCUGGCGGCGGCCGCCCCGCUACAAGCGGCCCUCAGUCCACGUCCCGCGUGGCGGCGCUGCCCGUCUUGUCUGCUGCCGUCUGCUCUACACCCGGCGACGGGGGCCGACUACAGACGCUAAUCAGCGGGCAUCUUGGGGGGAACACUAAACAACAACAACAAAACAAAAUAAAGCCGCUGCCAGCUUAGAAGUGAGAGGAUAAAAAGGGGAGAGCAGCAUGACAGACACGUGAUGAGACCUCCACCACUCCAGGCGCCUGAACGUUCACUCCUUGCUGGUCAUGUCCGAGGUGUGUGAACAUCAACUACGUCAUAAAGAUUAUUUAGUAGUUAAUCCGUCGGUCCGUUAGUGGUGAUUCUCGAGGUGUGUGAACAUUAACUCGUGACGUGUGAACAGUAAGUCACUGGUGAAGGUUGUCAAGUGCUGUGAAAGUUCACUCACUGGUGGUCGUGUUCAAGUGUGAAAAUUAACUCGCGGAGCUCAGGUGACCAGAGGACAAGUGGAGUGUGUCCAGACAUGGCCAGGUCAAGUGGAAAGGGUCAGGGUGAGUGCACGACGUGCGGGGAGCACCUGGAGGACCGUUAGAUUCACCUGGAUGCACGUGAGGGCGAUGUGCAGGUGGCUGCCAGAAGAGGCGACACUAAUGUGGGUAGAUCUUGGCUACCCCGUGUAACCUGGCGACCGGUAAGCUGGUGAUUUGUCAUCCGGUUAUCCACCUGUCAUCCUCUGCCACCCGUGUGUCACACUCGUCCGACCUGUUGUCUCUUGGAUUCUUCCAGUCUUUGGAUGAAGUUCGAUCUCUGAAGGCGCCAAGCCUCGCUGACCAUGACGACAGCGACGUCGUCCCUCCACUACCUGCUGCCGGCCUGCCUGUGUCUCUUGGUGCAUGCUACUGCGCAUGCGUGCACCUUCCCGGACUUCCUGCAGCUUGGCGACGACGGCGAGCCGUGGUACUCGCACGUGCGCUAUGACGGCUCGCGACAGUACGCCUACUAUGUACGUCACAACGCGCUGGAGAUCCGUCACAUGACGUCAUCAGACCCCGCCCUUCACUGGGCAUGCGCAGCCGACUUCCGCGGCACGUUUUUGCUGAAGCGGACGGACGAGGACACGGAAGACGAGUACAGCGCAUGCGUGAGGUUCGUGCGCCGCGGCCAGGGCGUGGUGCAGAUGCUGUGGACGCCGGAAGCCAGAAAUGAAGAGUGGGAGGCGUGCGACGACAAGGACCUGGUGCCAGACCCAUGGCUUCUCGUCUCCUUCCAGCGCGUGAUGCGAGACUACGCGCCAAGCCCCUUCAGCGGCGGCUACAGCAUGCGCAUCACCGACUCCGACUCCGGCGAAAACGCCUGCAACUACAUCCACCGGCCCAUGAAGCUGGAGAGCGACUGUUUGGGGGGAGAGGGCAUCCUCUUCGAUUUCAUCGCGCAAAACUGCCUCCCCACCGCUGACAUGGCGGUCAAGCAGCGCACCCUGACGGUGGCCACCUGGUCGCAAGGGGGAGACGACUUCGUGGUCCUGCGCCGCCCGGCCGAUGUCGUGCUGUACUGCCUGCGGCUGCCCUCCGUCAGGGAGGAUCACAUGAACGUCUUCCUGUUCCGCGACCUGGCCUGCCUGCCCCACGCCGAGUCCCUGCUGCUGGGCCCCGCCACCCGGCCCCGCGACGUCAAGUACCUGGUGCUGCACCUGCAGAAAUACCUGGCCACCAGUCUGUGCGACGACGAGUACCCGCAGUGCUCAGCUGUGGCCUGUGACGGGGUCCUCAGACACGAGUGUCAGAAGUCCUGCAAGGUGUGUGACCCCAAGAAGCCCCCAGUCACCUGCUCCUUCCCCCGGCGACUGCGAGGCUCGUGGCUUCAGACUGAUGUGGACGGAUACCAUCACGUCAACAUCUCGGAGUCGGACUUGUCCAUCGGGGCGGUGGGCAGCUUCCGGUGCGUGCUCUUCCCCGACAGCCCCGCCCGCAAAAACCGCCUCUACACCACUCUGUCCACCUUCUCCAACGGCUGCCGCCCCCGCUACACCUGCCUCAAGUUCAAAAGGUUAGGUCCGUCUGCCCUCCGCUACACUCUCAGCCGCAGCGUCGUGUGGUCCGACCUGGACUCCAGCUUCGGUGACGUCAUCUGCUCUGAUUCGCAGUUCGUGCCUGACCCGGAACCCAUCGGUGACCUGUACAGGUCUCAGGAGGACGGGGGCAAGCCCAUCAUCAGCCUCCAGCCCGCCCCCGAGCGCGUGCCGUGCAACCUGCACUCCUCCUUCAGCAUCGCCACCACCUUCCCCAACGGCUCCCUGUGCCACGGCAGCCUCUUCGAGCACUGUGAGGACAGCAGCCGCCUGAGAAUCGAGUUCCACGCCGACUGCGGUCAGCUGGUCAGCGCGGACACGCAUCCCUUCACGUCGCCGCACGGGGGCGCCACCCGCCCAGUCCACGCCGACUUCUCGUGUCUCGCGCGGUACGAGGGUCACUCGUGGGAGAACCUGCUGCUGCUGCAGAACGACGCCGACGCACGCGAUGCUCGCUGCCUGGUGACGUCACAGCAGGACGUGUCGGAGGCCGUGGUGGUGGUGGCGGGGCAGUGCGACAAGAACAGCUGGAACUAUGCACGUGCGGGGCUGCGGGCCCCCCUCCUAGCACUGCGCCUGCGCCCGGACGAGUUUCCCUGCAAGUACCUGCCGCCUCCUCCUUCCCCCGCCACCCCACCCUCCCACCCGCUGCCAGAGGGCGCUUCGGGUGUGAUGACGUCACAGACUCGCCGACCCUCGGAGGCCGGCGGCUUCACCACCGCCUUCGUCUUCAGUCUCACGCUGUCGCCGUCGCAGGGGGAUCCCCAGCAGCGCCUCUCUGCCCCCUACCAGGAGUCGCACGACGGGGAGAAAACCGCGUUAGCUCACAGACCCGAGUUAUCUGCCGAGGGAAAUGAAGCCAGAGCUGCGAGUGCCACGUCCUCCACGCUGCGGGCUGCGGCUGCCUGCCUUCUGGUGUCGGUGGCCGUGUGUUAUUGGAUAGCCAGGUGAUAGACUAUGCAGGCACUGAGAGGGGAGGCAAACACCUAGGGUUCCGGUGGGAGGUGUGAACUGUACUUACUGUUGUUUCUGAAUAUUCAUGCAACGGUUGCCAGGACGACACUUGAUGCACACCAGAGAUGACUGAAGGAUGAAGGGCGAGGGGCGGGGCUGGGGUGGGGAGAGGGCAUGCAGACUGUGCGGUUGCUAGAGGAACAUGACCUUUGGCUACCAAGUCCGGAUGCUUGACACCCGGAUAUGUCCUCAGAAUCAAAUAAGCGGGUGGGACCCCGCUGACGCAGUUGCACCACACAGCGAGGAGCAGUUCCGGUGUCAAGACUUUAGUGAACUUAGCGACUCGGCGACACCUGAGGCUGAUGUUGAAGUCGAUGGUGCUGUCGAUGAGCUCAGCAAACCUCUCGUGUCGUCAUCAAGCUGGAGUAACACAAGGGAGAUAAACGAGGUGGCACAGUCCCACCUCAGGGCUCGCUAUGCGACAUCCAGUUAGAGUGCUGUCCCUUGAUAAGGAUGAUGUCGAUGACAUACCAACGAGAGACUUUUCGCUCUCUUACUGUUCUGCUGCCUGUGGUCUGCAGGCAGGGGCGCUUAAUUCAGAAAACAAAGGGAGAGAAGCUUGUUUAUUGCCAGAGACUGAGUAGACAUCAACCACAUGUAGCUAGUCUUUGUAGUCUGUAGACAGCAACAUUACACAGUAGACAGUAACAUUACACUGUAGUCUGUAGACAGCAACAUUACUCUGUAGUCUGUGGACAUCAACAUCACAGUAAUCUGUAGACAGCAACGUUACACUGUAGUCUGUAGACAGCAACAUUACACUGUUGUCUGUAGACAGCAACAUACACAAAAUCACAUGCCAGGGUUAGUUUGUCAACAAAAACAGGAGAGACACUGGAGUGUAGACAACAUUUGGUACGACAUGCCACUUUGCUGGUCAGAGUAGAUGAGCUUUUAGAACAUCUGGCAAUGACAUAUAGACAGUGUAGACAGCUGACAACAAUAUGUAGACAGUGUAGGUAGCUGACAAUGAUGUAGACAGUGUAGACAGAACGAGGACUAUGUUGGUAGGUAUAAAUAAAGUGAUCACAACAUGUUUUUUAGGAUGGACUGAGGGUGAAAAAAAAAAACCCAAGGCCGGGUUACAGAGGUCGACAGUUGUGAAUGAAGACGAUGCUUUCGUCGAUGACAUCGCUUGUGUUGAUGUGGUCUCCCUCUCUCCCUUCACUUCGUCACUCCAGUGUUUCUAGAUGUUUCUACAGAAGCUGUGGACUAGACGGCGCUUGUUUGUGACAUGUCACACGACCCUCGUGUCGCUAAACUGUGUCACGACUGUCCGAGUCUUUGCCGUCUCCUGACAUGGAAGUUAAGUGUCUUGUUGUGACACACGACACACUGUGUCAUGACAUGAACUUCACCUUUUUCUAGGACUGCAGUGCUAUGUGUUAGUGCGGUAGUCGUGUUACCCGUGUACAUGAUGGACUGUUGCUGACCUUUCACACAACAAAUAGCUUUCCCCACCCCAGCCGUUCUCCUCCCCUCCCACACUUAUUAUUUUUAUUUAUUUAUUUUAUUUAUUUAUUUUAUUUUUUGACACUAAAAGAUACUUUUGCGGCUUCGUCAAAUCCGACGCAGCUUACAAAAACUAAACUUUUCAAGGACCGCACGACAAGCACUUCCCACAAUCCUUCAGCAGUUCUGUGUUGAAAGCACGUGACCGGUGGCCUCAUUACCUAUCUCACCUGUGUGAAGUGCUAGGUGGCGCCCUCAUGUCGCUCUCCUGACGUGGAAACCGUGGUCAGUACAUCAGCUGUUAUUCCCUCCCUGCUUGUGGUCACAGGUCUGGCUGUCUCCACAGGUGAGGUGACCAGGUGUCUGUAGCGAUGCUUGUCUCGUGCCACUCACCCUGUGGAUGACAUUAGCCUUGUCAUCGCCGCUGUCAUCGUCAUCGCCGCUCUUGUAGUGUUUGGUAGCACUUUCUCGGGUGUUUCUACAGUGUUGGUAGUGUUGGUAGUUACUGGUGUAGUGCUGUCUCUGUAGUGUUGACAGCUGUUGUAGUGUAGAGCUGUUGUUGUGACGAUGCUACCUGUUCCUGUAGUGAUGACAGUUGUUGCUGCAGUGCUGUUGUAGUGCGAUGACAGUCGAUGACAGUCAACGACUGCUGCUGCCUGUGACAAUGUCUCCGCUGGCACCGCGUCUUUCAUCUCUAUGCACGUGUACCCUGACCCUACCCGAGCUUUAAGCUGUUUCCUGCUGCUGGACAAAUCAAGACGAGAACUUUUGGUUGCGAGGGUCAUAGGGAGUCGUACAUCAUCCACAUCUGUACACGUCACUGAUAACUGAUAACAAGGAUGGGAACACGUGACAUUGGAAAAUGCAAAGCAAGAAGUGAUGGCUGGCGCACACAUACACACACACGCACACACAGAUGGUAACAAAUGCAACUUGCACAUGGCAAAACAUGAAGUAGCGAACAUGACAGGAUGAUGCCCUGUAAUA